AUGCCAAAGGGAAGGGUGACUAAAAACUUUAAAGAAACCCAACAAGAAAAGCAAACUGAUGCAAUACACUCACUAGCAAGAAAAUAUGCAGGCCAAGAGCAUGGAGCUGCAUUUGAAGAAAUCCACACUAAACUCUUCCAAGCUUAUCCUGGUCAUAUUCUUCCCAAAGAUGACCUGCAAUGGGUAUUUGUAAAUGCAGGAGGGUGGAUGGGAAGCAUGUGUUUGCUACAUGCGUCGCUCACAGAGUAUGUUCUGUUCUUUGGCACUGCAAUUGACACAUCAGGUCACUCAGGGCGAUAUUGGGCAAACAUAUCUGAUACAAUUAUCACUGGCUCAUUCACACAGUGGGAGGAAGGCAAAAUCAACAGCAGAACAUUUGGUCCUGGUGACACAAUAGUUCACAGUUGGGGUGAAGCAACUGGUGUAUUUUUUAAAAAGGGCACCUGGAUGGUGGAAUAUGGGAGAGGAUUCAUACCAUCAACAAUGGGAUUUGCACUGUCUGAUACCAUAUUUGGUACCCAGGAUUUUCUGACUCUCUAUUACACAUUCCGCAUAUAUGCCAAAGCCUUGCUCUUAGAAGCAAAUAUAUACAAUCAUUACACAGAGACAAAAUUGUACAUGACAGAGACAGUGGACUGGAUUGUAGAUCAUAUAUAAGUCUGACUGCAUAAGUGGUUAAUUGUUAUUUUUCUCCUGCCUUAUAUCAUGUAUGUUUGUUAUUUUUGACAAUAUGAAAGUGUUUUGCUCUGAUAUGGUAUACGCAUAAUCAAAUGUUAUUUUCAUUUAUUUGAGUUUAUCAUUAAACUGGAAUUGAGGGCUCAUGAUCUCUCCAAAUCCUUUGGAUUAUUAGUUUUUAAUCCAUUGAAUCCAAUGUCAUGAAUCAUGAAAGUUGAUUAAAAGACUUUUAUUUGUAAUAUUUUAGAUAUUUUGGCUUUUAUAAUUGCCACUUGUACAGCAAGUUAUUUAAAACAUAUUAUCUUAUUACAAUGUCAAAGAACUGUACAAUUUGAUACUGCAAUAUAUUUUAAUAUAUUUACAUUAUUGAAAUGUAGUGUUAUAAAGUUUUUUAUAUGACAUACUAUAGCAU